AUGGCCGUUGCCGUCUCUCCAGAGAAGGAUCAGCCUCUCCUCCAGCUCCAAAAAGUGGACUCCAGCCGAGUUGGAAGUUGCGUCCUCUCCCCCAUACUGUCCUCCUCCUCAGAAGCAGGUCAGCCCAUCUGCAUCCCCUCGCCGUACAACGACCUUGGUCAUGACUUUGCCACCAUCCCUUUCUACAGCCCAACUAUCUUCAGUUAUGCUGCUUCGGGUAUUUCAGACUGUCCCUCUGUCCGCCAGUCAAUAAGCCCGUCCUUAUUCUGGCCCAGCCACAGCCAUGUCGGGCCCCCCAUACCCCUACACCACUCACAGGCUCGCUCUCAGCACAGACAGCCAGUCCAGUCUCCAUCACAGUGGGUAGAUCUGUCGCAGAUAGACACUGUCUUAUCAACCAGGUAGGGAUUCAAAGCACUUUUUAAAUACUACUUUUUUUGAUAGUUUUUAAUUCUAAUUUUUGACGCAUGCUCUACAAAACAAAAUAAUAGAAGCUGUGAAUAAUGUUUAAAAAAUGUGCAAGAGAGGUUUGAAACAUAAGAGGCUCUAACUGGGAACCUGCACCUAAAAAAGAACUAUUGAUUUCAUACAAAAAAGUAGACAAAAAUAGAGGAGACUAAAAGAUUGAAUAAACAUGAUCAGAACAGAAAAUGCAUGAUCUCUUAUCAUAAGCAGAGAUGAUAAAAACAGUUUUUAUAGACUGAAUUCAAGUAAUGAGCAUAAAUAAUGAAGAGCAGGGGACCAAACAUAGAUCCCAGGGGUACACCACACAUUAAUUCCCUGUAUUUCAACCUAUACCAUUACACAAAACAAGCUGAUUAACUGGGUAACUUCUGAACCACUGGAGUUUAAACUCUCUGAGACCAUGAGGCUCACAUUUUUUAUCAGAACAAUGUGAUCAAUGGUGUCAAAAGCUUUUUACAGAUCAGUGAAAACCCCAAUAUAUAUCAGUUGGUCCUGGGCCAUCACAGUAGAAUGUUUUUCCUCAUAUUGGCAAGGGUAGAGAGGGUUAUGUUCACUUACAACCUCUGGGAUUAUUUUGGCAACACGUGGAAAAAUUGAGAUUAGCAGAGUCAAUGAUGUGUAAUGUCAGUAUUAUUGCAGUUGUGAUUUGUUUUGAUGGAACAAGUAGCCGCCCAGUCAAACCUGAUCAUCAUGCUGAGGCUGUAUCACAUGUUUCUGUUUACGAAAAAAAUGAUGGCUGAAAUGUUUUCUCUUAGUAAGAGUGUGAGGAGGCGUUCUCAUGAGAGCGAGGAGGAGGUGGUGUCGUCCGGCGAGAAGGGGGACCUCCACUAUUGCGCUGUGUGUCGUGACUACGCCUCAGGAUACCACUACGGCGUCUGGUCAUGUGAGGGGUGUAAGGCCUUCUUCAAGAGGAGCAUCCAAAGUGAGACACAAAAACGUACAGCAUCCGUGCAUGUUUGAUUAAUACGACCUCAAAAAAGUCAAUCUAGUGAGACCUUCAUUGUUCACGUUGUUCAGGGACUCUCACUGAGCUCUGUGGGGAAUGUAACGCUGUUUUACAGAUCAUAUCAAAGCCUGUAAUCAGUAUUCAUGAGCUUGUAAACAUCUUACAGUUUAAUAACAUAUUUAUGCACUUUGGCUUUACGCCUUCCGUUAACUGUAGCUGAAUCCCACAGUAUGAACUGCAGUUUUACUCUUGCUGACUCAGCCUCCAGAUUUAUGACCAAGUUCAUGGUUCAUAAAAGGGUUUGAAAUGAUUCCAAAAGAGAAUUCAGAACGAGCCUUUAUCAAUCAUUUUGCAGGGAAACAGAGUUUAACUUCAGUGGGGUUUGUAGGAGUGGAUCUGACCCUCAAUCACAGCAUUUCAGCUUUUCUUUGUUUCCGAACAUCUAAUUUCAGUCCUUCUAUUGCUUCAUUCAUUUACUCCUAUUCUUCUCUGUCUGUUGUAAUUGUCUCUUGUUUUUCCUUUUUUUUUGUCCUAGGACACAACGACUACAUCUGCCCCGCAACCAAUCAAUGCACUAUAGACAAAAACCGCCGUAAGAGCUGCCAGGCGUGUCGCCUUCGCAAAUGCUACGAAGUCGGCAUGACAAAGUGCGGUAAGAGUCUUUAUAUCUUCCAAUUAUGUUUUGUAUCUGUGAGAGGGUUUUGAUUUUUUUUCUUUCUGUCUGCACUCAGCAAACAAAUAAGCUGUAUCGGAAUGAUGUCACUCUUUUGUUGUUAAACCAACAUGCCGAUUUUAUGUUUCUGGAGCUUACUUGUCUGAAAAUCCAGAAGAUCGAAAGUUCCCUGUGAACUUUUAUGUUCAAGAAUGUUUCCAUCCAGAGCACUGAGAGGAAACCAGCAGAGCACUAUUUUUGUUUGUCUCUGUGUCUCUGUUAAUCUGUUCUGCAGCUGUAGAAAAAAGAAAAUGGGUUUGAAUACUUUUGGUAUUUGGGAUUUUUAGAUUGAAGUGUCUGUAACCACUAUAUCAGGAAACACUGCCCCAUGUUUUAAUAAGGUCAGACUGAAGCACUGUUUGUCCACCAGUUGCUUCUAAAAUUGAAUUUGGUGAUAAAGACGAGAUCAACAGGCACUGAAGGAUUCUGAAUAUGCUCUCUGUGUCUUGUCUUGUAAGUUGUCAAUAACUGAAGAGGAUGGAAGCUAUUAAAAAAACAAAACAAAGGUCAUCUCUAUUUUGUACUCUUUGCCUCAGAAUUCAGGCUUUUUUUCUUCAAAAAUUUGACUUUUUACAGAAUUGUGACUUUUCCCAGGACUCUGCCUCUUUUUUGGGGGGGAAUUCUUACUGUUUAACAUUAUUCUGUUUAUUUAUUUGUUUGUUUGUUUGUUUGUUUGUCCAUACUUAAGACUUUUGGCUCAGAAUUAGGACUUUUUCAAUCUGAAUUGCCACAGCACAUUGUGGCCCAGGUGGCACAUUAAGAAAGAUAUUUUCUCUUUGGGAGUUUAUGUUUCACAAAUGGGAAAUGAUAAACAAGGACUGAUCUUGAAGUUCAUGUCAUCAGAUAAGAAAAGAGACACCCUGAUAUUUGUAAUUAGUUUCACAUCUAGUGAGAGUAUCAAUCGGAAAGGGUUUGCUCAAAAAUGCACAGUUUAACUUCAGAAGAUGAGGAUAUAACAUUCUGAUUAGACGUGCCCCAUGGCUGAUCCCCGUUCCAGACAGUUUUAGACAGUUUUGAUUUCUGGAAUUUAAGCCUUAAUUUAAAAAAAAAAAACACGGAGGCUACGAAGAUCAUUUGCUCAUCUAGACUGCUCUGUGUGUCACAGCUCAUUCCAUCAUUUACAUAAUAUGAGAGCAACAUAAAUCAUAGGCUUUCUAUUAAUUUAUGAUAAAACGUUGUCCUUAAAAAAAACAACUUAAAAUCUACUUUGCUCCACCAUCUGUUGGCUCCAGAGGACCAUUAGCAGAUUUCCUUGUUUUCUUUGCCCAAGGUAUGAGAAAGGAGCGUGGAAACCUGAGGACCAGACGGGCGACCCGACCGUCCUCACAGAGCAGAACUAACGAGCUGGCCGUUUUAAACGGACCAGCUGAAGCGUUGUUGAACACACCCCACCACCCUCCUGCGCUGACCCCAGAGCAGCUGAUAGAGAGAAUAAUGGAGGCUGAGCCGCCAGAGAUCUACCUCAUGAAGGACAUGAAGAGGCCGCUGACCGAAGCGAACAUCAUGAUGUCGCUCACCAACUUGGCUGAUAAGGAGCUGGUACACAUGAUCAGCUGGGCCAAAAAGAUUCCAGGUGUGUAAAUAAAACUCAACUCUACUAGAUUGUACAGUUAAGGUAGAUGCUGCAGUGGAGACAGUCACAUUGUUCCUAAAUUCAAAAGGUUUCCUUUCCCUCCAGAGCUGCACUCUCAGUAAAUUCACCCUCUUUGCAUUAAAAGGAACAUUUUGAAACAAGAGCUGUCCUGCACCCUCAGCUGUCUGCAACCUUUAUUUGAGUUUUAGACCACAUGACACAGAAACCUUUUACCUCAACCUAAAGUAAUAUAUUUGUGUGUCCUCCUCGGUCAGGUACAGCCGCUCAUAACCUCUGUACAAUCAGAUAACAGCAUAGACUGCCCUUCUCUGUUACAGUGUGUACAUGUUUGAACAAAUCUGCUCUGAACUUGUGACCUCUUUUUGAGGUUUGCUCCAAAACACCACAUGAAAGCACCUCUGUUAAUGUUGCUGCAGCUUCCUUCCUGUAUUUUCCUAUUUUGUGCCGAGCAUUAUUGUUGUAAUCUUGUCUCUUCUUCAGGGUUUGUAGAGCUCAGUCUGGUGGACCAGGUGCACCUGUUGGAGUGCUGCUGGUUGGAGGUGCUGAUGGUUGGGCUGAUGUGGAGGUCAGUGGACCAUCCAGGGAAACUUAUCUUCUCCCCUGACCUCAGCCUGAGCAGGUACCGCUGACAAAUCUCUCAUUUCAAUUCUUACACGCUUGAAAGAGAUUUCUGUCAUUUGUGUUCAAAUAAGAUUGCAACAGGUGACUGAGGGUAAAAACUGGUAUUCAGGGAGACUGAGUCUCCUAGAAGUAAGGUUAGAUAGAGGUUUACCACUCUGUGAGAGACUGUGUGAGUAAAUACAUUAGCAAUUAAAAAAAAUAAUCAUUCUUGGCAUGAAAUUACUUAAAGGGAUAUUCCAGCCUAAAUUUAAGUUAUGGUCAAACACAAGGUAACACAGAGUUAGACACCCCCUCGAGAGAUGAAUGUUGUUGACUGCUUGCUUCUCUAGUUAUACCAACUUUCGUGGCGACAGCACAAUAGCUGUACAAAGCGGUCGAUCACCAAGUGCAGCGGAGUUUCACAGCUCAAGGAAGAACAUUUAUUAUUAUUACAAAAUAAUGCAAAAUAAUCAUUAUGAUGAUUAUUACUUCAAGGAAUAUUACUCGUCAGGGCUCCACACAAACAAGCAGCUGCUGGAGGCGAGUGGGUGAGUUGUGUUUAGUUUCUUUGCUAAAGAAACAAGGCAAAACUAAAAAGAUGUUUGAUGGCUAGUUCUAUGGCUGGGACCAUAGACUGUAUAUAGAAUGGACGCUGUCUGCCUCCUUGCUGGGUGAAGCCACUCAGAGAACAGCACCCUCUGUUGAUGAGCUGCAGCAUUCAUCUCUUGACGGAACUCAGUGUUACGGUGUGUUUGACCAUAACUUAAAUUUCUGCCGGAAUAUCCCUUUUAACAUCAUGAAGAAAUUCAUAGAAUGUAGAGAGGGAAAUCAGAACUGUAUGGCUCUGAUCUCCAGGUCUUCAGGAAGCACUGUUGCAAAGAGGAAACCACUUGGAGGAUCAGCUGUCUGUGGACACAGCCUGCUGCUGCAUUUGUGAAUGCAGGUUGAAGCUGUACCAUGUAAAGGACAUCAUGAGAAAAACAAGUUCAAGUGUCCUAGACAGAGAGAGAACUGAUUGAUGUUUGUGCUCGAUGCUCUCUCUUGUCAGAUCUUGUCUGCAUAUGGUUACAAAGAGUUAUCUGUUCGUAUAUUGCACUGCAUCAGAAGCUGGAACAGAGUGUGCUGAGCUGCCUGAAGGCAUGCUCAUAUGGAACAAGGCAGCGUUUCCUCAGUGGUGACCUUGAUCAUUUUAUGUAGUGGAGACUCUGCUGUGCAUGUUAAGCCAUUUCCAUGCUGGUGUGGAUGAAUAUCUUGUUGUGUUUUUUUGUGUGAUAUUCAGAGAGGAGGGGAGUUGUGUUCAGGGCUUCGCUGAGAUCUUCGACAUGCUAGUCGCUGCCACGUCCAGAGUGAGAGAGCUGAAGCUGCAGAGGGAGGAGUACGUGUGCCUCAAGGCCAUGAUCCUCCUCAACUCCAGUGAGUGAGCACGCUAUUCAUUAUAUGUGCAUGUGCAUGUGUGUGUGUGUGUGCGCGCGCGUGUGUGUGUGUGUGUGUGCGCGCGUGCAUGUGUGAGGUUGUGUGGAGCAAACCAUGGGAACAUGGUGUGAAGUGUGAGUCUGAAGACGAGCAGAACUCGACUCUAUCUGAGGUCGAAUUAUUCACCUCAGGCUGAUGAUUCUGCUCGUCCUCACUGAUGUCCUCAAUCCAGGUCCCUUUGUUCACUCCUAUUCUUUAAUUUCACUUUUUAUUCUUUAGAGCAUUUAUUGCAGAGAGAAAACAAAAUAUUCUGAAUCAAAUAUUUAGUCUCAUUUGAAAGGUUAGACUGUCACAAGAUGUUAAAAACAUCAACAUUUUCAUACAUCUGCCUCGAAUGUUUAAAAGGAAGAACUUUCCAGUAGGAGAUUUUAAAAAGGUCUAAUCUGUACGCAAUGCAUUUCCUCUUACAGACAUUUUUCUGUUCAAUACACUGCUGAAAACAAAGGUGAGAAGAGUCCACGCCACACUAGAAUAACAGCUAAUCCUCUGCGGUUAGUCUCUCUGUUUAACCUUUAUCUGCAGCAAAUGAUCCUCCUGACUCCCCCGCUGUGCCUCCUCAGGCAGCAGUCGUGUUAAUGGGAAAUAUUAGCAUUUUGUAUUUCUACCUACUGUGGAGAAACCGAGGCUGAAUUUUGGUGUAAAUCCUAAUAUCAAGUAAUAAGUCCAGAAUGAUAAACCAUAACUGCAGCUCAUCAUGAUAGAUAAAACUAUCAUGAUUAUUUUACAGAUGCUGUCCGACAGCCAGAAAAGAUCGAAUUGAUCAGAUUAUAAUGAUGUUAAAGGCACUCUGAGAAGUUUUUUAGCAGUUAAGAAAAGGGCUUAACUGAUACUACACUGGAGCAAAAAAAAAGACUAUCAAGAAAAAAGCUGAUCAUGUCUUGGCUUAGAGAGGGUAGGUGUAAGACCAGAUGAUUGACAGCAGGCUCAAGAACGGUUGUCCUGUGUAAUUGGGCUGCACGAUUAAUCAAUUUUAAAUUGUAAUCGAAUUAUUUAAUUAUGACGAUGUUAAAAAAAUUAAAAUCGUCAAAUUGAUUUUCCUCUCUAUCAUGUCUUGCACCUCCAGGCCACCAUAGGCUCUCCCUUCCUGUAACAGCACUCCCCAGUUCCCACACACACCAGUGUAAACAAACAUGGCGUUUGCAAAAGAAGGCGAUAAUUUCGUGGCUAAAUAGGGCAAGAGCAAGUCAGCCGUGUGGAAUUGGUACGGCACAGCCCUUUCGCAGGUAUUGCAGUUUGGGAUGAAGAGCUAACCACUCCCUGCUGCAAGGUCUGUUUGAAGGCGGUAUCAACCCGUACACACGGAAAUGAAUUCAGGGAUAGGGGCAAAAGUUUUUUGUCGUAACAGCGUUUCAUUCACACGGGAAUAGAGUUUCGGGUGAUUGUAAACUUGUUGAAAACGGGUCAGAGAGUGCAUAAAUCUGUAAACGACUACCUUUCAUCUCUGUGUGGAUGCCUAUCUGCGUCGCUCUUGAAACGAUUAUGUGUCAAACAGCAUUACUAUUUUAUGGCGCCUGCACAUGUUCGGCCAAAACAACCUUUAUAUGCAUGCUCAGUACACUUCUUCUGUCUUUUGUGCAUUUCGUCUGCAGCGUUACAGUGCCACUUGCUGGCUUGGCAUAUGCACUACAUCAUUUUCAGUGGUUUUGUUUUGAGUGAUGACAUAAACUUAUUUAAGUGAAGUUUGGUGAAGUUGUCACUGAAUAAAAAUCAAAAUCAAAAAUCGAAUUUUCAGAGAUAAAAAAUCAGGAUUUUACUUUUGGUCAAAAUCAUGCAGCCCUACUUUAUAUUUUACUCUCAAAAGACAAAAAGAUGAAGAUUUCAUCCAAAACAACUUCUUCACAUUUACAGGAUAAGACAUAUCACUUUGGCCACAAGGGGCACCAAAACCAACUCAGGCUAAAAGUUCCUGAUUCAGUGACACAAACUGACAAAAACUGUUCUAAAGGUGCAGUUUGUAGCACUGAGCAGCAUUCAACCAUCAGACAUGGCAGGAAUCGAUAAUAAUAUUCACAAGGUUUAGUUUUUGCCUCUCUGUGUUCAUGUGUGUUUCCAGACAUGUGCCUCGGCUCCUCGGAGACCAGUGAGGAGCUGCAGAGUCGCUCUAAGCUGCUCUGUCUCCUGGACGCCGUUACAGAUGCUCUGGUGUGGGCCAUCGCCAAAACCGGCCUCACCUUCCGCCAACAGUACACCCGCCUUGCCCACCUGCUCAUGCUGCUUUCACACAUCCGUCAUCUCAGGUACAGAGAGUCUGUUUCCUGAUAGCUGAAUGUUAUGAUAUGGUGAAAAGUGGAAAGUUCUUUUUGGCAGACAUUAUUAUUCCAUCUUCUUUGAUUCAAUCACUUUUCUCCACCCUGUGCAGUAACAAAGGUAUGGACCACCUCCACUGCAUGAAAAUGAAGAACAUGGUGCCUUUGUAUGACCUGUUGUUGGAGAUGUUGGAUGCCCACAUCAUGCACAGUUCCCGUCUGCCUCGCCGGCCCCCACAGCAGGACUCCAGUGAUCAUAAAGAGGGUCCUGCUUGGCCCCACAGCCCAGGAAGUGGCCCCUCGAAUACCUGGACUCCCUGCAGCACUGACAGUAGAGGUGAACAGUAG